CCAGAUACAUGAAGACCAAAAAGGAACCAGUCAAAUAUGCCAGCAGAACAUAUGGAGCUGAGGUUUGCCAAGCUGCCAACAAYAUCAAAUGUGUGCACAUCAUCAUGGAGGCAAACAGCCCAACAGCUGGCAUGACAAAAGAAAAGAUCACGGCAAUGGAUGGAAUUGAGCUAACAGUUACCAAGGAGCUUGCCAAGCGCCACACCAUUAAAUUACUGGUGAGAUAUGAUGAUGACAUGAAGAAAAUGUACAGCACGAUCCGUGGACAAUGUACCGACGCCAUGAUGCAAAAGGUAACUGCAGACACUAGAUACGUGAGGAACGUCCAAGAAAAAUCAGACGCCAUUGGAUUACUCAGUAUCAUAAAAAAGAUAUGCUAUAAGCACCAGGCACAACAGUUCCCACCACUUGCAGCCAUCAGAGCAACCAUGAACCUGUACAAGACCACACAAGGAGAGAUGACAACUGAUAUUGAGUGGUUUGACCAGUUCAAGAACCUCGAAACAGCAACAACAGCAUGCGGAGGGGACAUGCAUGUCACUGGAAUACAGGACUACAUCCUUGUUGAGAGAGACUAUGGUGGUGACAGAACCAAGCUACUCAAUGGGUCCAUUAGAGCAGCUAUCGAAAAGAAGGCCGUGGAAUUGACUCAAGCAACCAUAUACUUGGAGAACCCUGAUCACUCCAGAUAUGCAGGAAUCAAACAAAAGCUGGAGAAUKACUUCCUCAUGGGACAGAAUAAUUACCAAGAGAUCCUUACGGAGGCACAGAACAUACUGGUGAACUAUCGACACGAUAAUCGCACUGUUAACAACAACCGAAGAACAGGGAAUGACGGGGUAAUGUUCCUACAAAACUCAGGGGAACCACGCCAACAGCGUCGCGAUCGGAGCAACAUCAGAUGCUACAAAUGCGGAAAGAUGGGACACUAUUCCUACGAGAGCAUGUGCAAGCCAGCAGAUCAGGCCGCAUAURAACAACAACAGAACAGCAACAAACAACAGGAUGGGAGCGGCGGCACCGCUGAGCAAAGCACCCCAUAGAACAGAAUGCAGGCACGGGUGUACCGUGCCGUAUGGGAGCGACUAGCGAUAGACUAGCCCCAUGCACGCACGCAGCUACGUUCUUACAAACCAACUGCAUCGAGAGCUUUCAUUGUCCACUUAGUUACUGUACUGUACUACUCUACUAGGAUCGCGUGCGCAUUGUUGUAGCUGCCACUGCCUCGCGGCAAUUCCAAAAAGAACCCCCGUCCGCGGUGCCCCGGGCAGUGGCACCGUCCCGGCCGGCAACGGAGGCCUCUCACAUUUCCACCAGGUGUUGCGGGGACGAACGGCGCCUCCCGUGGCCGUGGUACUGCGUCGGCGCACCGGGAGCGUGCUGGGGCCUCCGCCGUCCGGAGGAGGACCGCGGAUCGGACCCCCUCCGCCUCCCGGAGGAAUGGCGGUCCCUGCCCGAGGAACGGUCCCCCGAAGGCCGCCGGGAAUCCCGGCGGGACGACGACGACGCCCGCGGCGAAGCGGCGCGGACCCCCGUGGACGACCGCCUCGGAGACGAUUUUCUAGGAGACGAGGAGGGGGCCCUCUUCCGGGGAGAGGAACCCCCCAGYUCCAUGUCUCUCUUGUUCUUGCUUUCCGGCCAAAAGGCGGAACAAAUGCAGAGGAGCAUCACCAAAAAGACGGCCAGCAGCCCCGCCCCCCAUGCCCAGGAGGACGUCGUCCACUUGUCCGGGUGAUCGACAAAGACGGACACCAGGGGAUCGAAAAAAUCUUCCUCGAUGUUGUCCAGGAGUCCAUCGGCAUUGUCCAAAAAGUCUCCGCCCGGGAGCAGCGAGUUGGAGCACCCCGAGGAGGUGUCGCUGCUGUCGAAACACUCGCACGUUGGAUGAACGGUGCCGUUCGCCCCAACGGCGUUGUAGUUGCAGAUUCCCCGGCCCGCACAAUUGAAUGGACAAAACAAGUCCGGGCACGCGGUACUCAAACGUGGACAGACAAGAGUUUGUGGC